CGUGUAUUUUCAUCUUUCUUUCUCUUCUCUUCGUCCGUUCUGUUCAUCCUCUCGUCUGGCCAUGAUGCGCCCGUCUCCGUCUCCUGCGCGGUCCGUGUCUUUGUGGCUAAUCAGAACAAGCGCAACCUCGUUUGUUUGGUCCGUCAUUCCAAUCCGCCAGCCUCAACCAUCAAAUCAUGUCCCCCAACAGCAUCCGGCCUAUUUCAUUCUUCUUUCAUCUCACUGCCUCGCCUCUCGGUCCUUUCCAUUGUUUCGGAAACGCCUAGAGAUUGCAUCUCGCCUUCUUCUUCCGCGAUCCUGCGACCGCCUUUGUCUACAUCUGCGUCCAUGAUUGUCGUGCCUCUCGUCGUGAAACUUCAGCUUGGUGUCGGUGCGUCGCCUGGUCAUCCGAGAGCUCGCGGCCAGAAACCCCGCCACUUCCGCCGCAAAUUACGGAUGCACGCCGUUUUUCUGCUUCCCCUGAUUUUGUCUUCGACAACGAACAUUGACCACAAC